AUGUGGACUGAUAUCGAAGCUGGUUGUGAUCCCAAGAGACUUCCAUCUGCUCUUGUCCAUCAGUAUAUGCUUGUCGUACCUCUUGAGUGUACGUUAAAUACGAGAGAUGGCCGUACAUAUCAGGUGACAAUAAGAAGGAAUGAUGAGCGGAUAUUCUUUGAUGAUGGGUGGUUACAUUUUAUGAUGACGGAGAAUAUUAAGACCAAAUAUUAUCUUUGGUUUGAUCGUAAUAGUCUUACAGAUUUUGUGGUGACUGUGGUUGAGGAAAAUGUAGUUGAGCGGCCUUUGCGAUAUCAUUUCACUUUGGAGAUCAAGAAAACGUACAUCGAACGUGCAUAUUUGGUAAUUGAUUAA